GCCGGAAGGACGCGGAGCGGUGGUCGGCCCAGCUUGCUGGCGGGCGGCAGUAGGCCGAGGGCCCCGCGGACCGGGGCUGUGUGACCGUCGGCGGCGGCGGCGAGAGCGGAGCCAUGAUGGCGGCUACCGCGCCCAGGAAGAUCGGCGAGGAGAAGAUGAAGGAGAUGGAGGCGGAGAUGGCGCUCUUUGAACAAGAGGUGCUCGGGGCCCCGGUCGCCAACCCGCCUGCAGCCACAACAGCUUCGGAAAGCGUGCCUGUGGCAAUGAUACCGGUUCCUGUCGCUCGCCCGAUCAUUGGAACCAACACCUACCGGCAGGUACAGCAGAGCCUGGAGGCGCGAGCUGCAGCUGCUGCCACGGUUAUGCCUCCCAACGUGGGACCGCCGCCGCCCUUUGUGGGGCCAGCAAUGCCUCCCCCGAGACCUCCCUCCAUAAUGCGCCCAGUGUUCGUACCGCACGUGUUACAGAGACCAGCAGGUCCACGAAUCCCACCCAUGCGACCCCCGCCGCCCCCACCACUGAUGGGUUCUCCGAUGCGGACGCCCCCUCCGCUGAUGAUGGGCCACCCGAUGCCCCCUCCCCCUCCGAUGGGGCCUCUGCCGCCCGUAAGUUUCAGCAGUGUCACCCACCUGCCCCCGAUGAUGCCUGUACCCCAGCCGGUGCUGCAGCCGAUGCCCAAGGCCAAUCUCACCAUCAUCCAGGCCGCACCCACCGUCUACAGACCGCCACCUUCCAAACCCAAAGAGGUGGAGAUUCCUGAAUCCCACCACCCUCCCCAGCCCGAGGAGAAGGAGCCUCUGCCCUCUGAGGACAACCUGAUCGGACCCAGCAUGCCCGAACCUGAACCCCCGCACGAGGUUGGGGAGGUGGCCACUGAAGAUAAGAAGAAGAACAAACAGGAGAAGGUGAAGAGGUGCAUCCGCACGGCUGCAGGAAUCUCUUGGGAGGAUCCCAGCCUCCUGGAGUGGGAGAGUGAUGACUUCCGGAUUUUCUGUGGGGACCUUGGGAAUGAAGUGAAUGAUGACAUCCUGGCUCGAGCUUUUGGAAAGUACCAGUCAUUCCUGAAGGCUAAAGUCAUCAGGGACAAACGGACGGGCAAGACAAAGGGCUAUGGCUUUGUCAGCUUCAAGGACCCAAACGACUACGUCCGUGCCAUGCGUGAGAUGAACGGAAAGUAUGUGGGGAGCCGUCCCAUUAAGCUGAGGAAGAGCAUGUGGCGAGACCGGAAUUUGGAUGUGGUGCGGAAGAAACAGAAGGAGAAGAAGAAGCUGGGUCUGCGGUGAGGAAGGGCAGAGGGGGUGGGGUGCCUCGUGUGAGGUUGGGGGUCCCGCCUCAGCUCCAUCCUCUGUUGGGCUGCAGGACCCCGCCUUCUUCUGCACCACCACCCCCGACAACAGGGUGCGCUGGCUGGGCACUAGGACCCUGAGCUGCCACGUAAGGAGGCCUCGCCUGCCAAACACUUCCCACACCUUCCCAGGUUCCCGUGGGAUCGGGCAUCUCCACGGCUGACUGAAGGGUGGCUUCUCCCUGCACUGGACUGAUGGGGUGGGCGUGGCUGCUGGAUGGGGUGGUAGAGGGUUGGAGUUGAAUUCUCCAUGGUCCUGCUGGUGUGGGAUGGUCCCAGUUGUAAAUACAGACAGACAUGGGUACCACACACACAGGCAUGACACAGACAGAGAGAGAGACACACACACACAGAAACAGGUACACAUGGAUACAGUGAAACACAGAAACAUACAAACAUGGAACCCCCAUGCCCAGACCUCUACUCUACACACAUGGGGUAUACAGAGACACUCUAUCACAUACUCACUGUCUGACAUGGCUCAUCAUGAAUAUUUGCUACUGUUUGUUGGCUAUCAAUAUAUAAUUUUCUGAGA